GGUUCGGCAAGCGGACUCCUGUGCUGGACCUGAGGGCUGGACCUGGGCUGGCUGCAGCUCAGGUGUGGGUUCUGAGCCCAGUCUGGAAGCCGAGGUUGCAGGAAGAUGGGGCAGGCUGCUAGGUGCCCGUCUCCGUAAGGGACUCUAAGGGAUGGUCCAGGUCAAUCAAGUUCUGUGCAGCCUUUCUGGCAUUCUCGCAUCUCAAAAGACUGAAAGUGAAGGCAAAUGGAUGUUGGUGAGUACCCUAUGGCAACGAUUGCUUCAUUUCACUGGUCCAGCGUCAACUGUAACUCGGAAGCCACCUUUAGUGAUUUUUGUAGGUCAGUCCUGCUUCUGGGAUCCUACUUUAUGUUGUGAUUAAGAAAUGCUUCACCCCACUCAGUUCGAGUCUCAAGACAAAUGUGCUUUCACUGUAAAUAAAGAUUUCCGUGGAUGUGAAGAAUGAAGAGGAAUCAUUUCUCUGCCGUGAAUAACGCUGUCCAGUCUUCACCAGUGGUGAAGCAGCCCAGACGUGGGCUCCGCCUUUCUCUCCCGCACGCUCAUGUGCUCCCUGUUCUUCCAGACUGGGGGACUCUACCGCAGCACGUGAUAUUACACAUCUUCCGGUAUCUUCCUUUAAUAGACCGAGUCUGCGCGUCUUCUGUAUGUAGGAGCUGGAAUGAAGUGUUUCACGUCCCUGAUCUCUGGAAGAAGUUUGAAUUUGAGCUGAACCGGUCAGCCACUUCCUAUUUUAAGUCCACUCAUCCCGAUCUCAUCCAGCAGAUCAUCAGGAAGCACGCUGUGCACCUGCAGUAUGUCAGCUUGAAGGUUGAUAGUAGUAUUGAGUCAGCGGAAGCUGCCUGUGAGAUUCUCUCUCAGCUGGUAAAUUGCUCCAUCCAGACCCUGGGGUUGAUUUCCACAGCCAAACCAAGGUUUAUGAAUGUGCCAAAGUCUCAUUUUGUGUCAGCACUUACAGUUGUGUUUGUCAACUCAAAGUCGUCAUCAGUUAAGAUCGGAGAUGCGCCUGUGGACCAUCCCUCACUGAAGAUUCUCGUGGCCAACAGUAGUGACACUCUGCGACUCCUAAAAAUGAGCAGCUGUCCUCAUGUUUCGUCUGAUGGGAUCCUCUGUGUGGCAGACCACUAUCAGGGCCUCCGAGAGCUGGCAUUGAAUUACUACAUUCUGAGCGAUGAGCUGCUCCUUGCGCUGUCAAGUGAGACUCACGUGAACCUCGAACAUCUCCGAAUAGAUGUUGUGAGUGAAAACCCUGGGCAGAUCCAGUUCCACUCCAUUAAAAAACACAGUUGGGAUGCGCUGAUGAAACACUCUCCGGGGGUCAGUGUUGUCAUGUACUUCUUCUUAUAUGAAGAGGAGCUUGAGACAUUCUUCCAAGAAGAGACCCCCGUCACUCACGUUUACUUCGGGCGUUCAGUGAGCAGGGCCAUUCUAGGCCGGAUAGGUGUGCACUGCCCACGGCUGGUUGAGUUAGUGGUGUGUGCCAAUGGCCUUCAGCCCCUGGACAGUGAACUUAUUGGCAUUGCUGAGCACUGUCAAAACCUGACAGCCUUGGGCCUGAGUGAGUGUGAGGUCAACUGUAGCGCCUUCGUUGAGUUUGUACGACUCUGUGGCCGAAGGCUCACCCAUCUGUCCAUCAUGGAGGAGGUUCUGGUCCCUGAUGACAAUUACACCCCAGACGAAGUUCACACUGAAGUCUCUAAGCACCUGGGAAGAGUGUGGUUCCCGGAUGUGAUGCCUGUCUGGUAACCAGCUGCCAAAGGUUCCGAAUUCUCUGUUAGUAGGAUUAGUUAUUGUCUGGCCAUGUAAAUGUAAUUUUUGAGAUGAGCCACUGAACUGUGUUAGGUUAAAUAUUUGCUGUUUGCCAAAUCUCUUAAUUGGUUUCUGUAGAAUCAUUUGAAAAAAAUAUAGCAAACUUAAAUAGCCAGAAGUUUUUGUCAGUAGGACACAGACACUGUGUGUUAAUUAGAGCAUUGGUAGGGUAGACUACAGGUGUCCAAGGCUGAGAGAGACUUCCAUUUCUCAACCUUUGGAGGCAUGUUUAGCUUACUAAGAAAUUUAUACUAAAUUUAUAAUUAAUAUGUAAUUACAAUUUACAGUAUUAGAUCCCUUUAAGUUACAUAUUUUUAUGUUACAACCUCAUGUUAUUUUAAUUUCAUCUGUUUCAUUUGGUAUUAAUAUGUUUUACAAAGCGCAUACUGUUAAAAAUCAAGGUACCAUUAUAGAGGUGUGUGUCAUUGUACUUAAAAUCUUUUUGGCAUUUUGUGAUUUAUUUAUUAGUAAACAACUUUGAUUUCUAGAGUAUUUUAAAUUCAUUUUUAGAUAAACUUGGAAGGUAAUUAGUAUUAUGUUAAAAUCCAGUAGUGCUAAUUCAUUUCAUAAAAUACAGCAAAUAGAAGGUACUGUGUUUAUUAAUUGAAUACACGGUGUGGGUACAGAGGUGAAUUUUGCAGGAUGUGUUUGGAAAUCAGUGUUUACUGGCCUGCUGCUGUUGAUCUGGGACUGUGCCCUGUCCUUCGCGUAUGUGGCCUGUCAUCUGA